UAUCAUCUCUCAGCCUAAGGCGGGCCAUCUUGAUCAGCUCCCUUACAUUAUCACUUGGCAGGACCUUGUAGAAGACCCACCCUCUUGGCUUAAGCCCUUCCUAACCCUGCUCCCUCCGGAGCCAAAACCCAUUCUUGCUUUGCAGGAGACAGAGAAGAGGAAAAGUCUUACCCAGCCUUCAGCACCCCUCUACCCUGUCCUACAGGGGGGUACUGAAGAAGAAUUAAUUUUUCCUCCCCCGUAUAACCCCUCUAGGAUGCCGGAAGAACACCAUCCUCCCCCUCCGGGGGAGGCAGACGCUGUUCCGAGAGCGGGAGGUGGAAACGCUCCAGGGGGAAGCCCGCCCUUUACCAGACAAAGGGCUCAGAGGGGGCAAUCCGCCUCCGCCGCUGACUCCACUAUUCUGCCCCUGCGAGCCACCGGACCCCCAGACGCGGAGGGGAAUCAGCCCCAUCACUAUUGGCCUUUCGCCACUAGUGACCUCUACAAUUGGAAAGCUCAGAAUCCUAAGUUUUCCGAGAAACCGGCAGGGCUUAUUGAUUUAUUAGACUCUGUUCUUUUUACCCAUCAGCCCACGUGGGAUGAUUGCCAGCAGCUUUUGCAGGUCCUGUUCACGACUGAAGAAAAAGAAUCCUCAAUGGGGCCCGAAAACUAGUUCCGGGCGCAGACGGGAAUCCCACCACCAACCAGGCUCAGAUAGAUGCCUCCUUCCCCUUAACUCGGCCCCAGUGGGAUUUCAACACGGCAGAAGGGUCUGGUAUACUGUACUAGAUUUAAAGGACGCCUUCUUCAGUCUGCCGCUGGCACCCCAGAGCCAACCCUUGUUCGCCUUCGAGUGGCAUGAUCCGGAGGAGGGCUCCAGUGGGCAACUCACCUGGACAUGGCUACCUCAGGGAUUCAAAAAUUCACCCACCAUCUUCGACGAGGCUCUACACGAGGACCUGGUAUUUACAGACACCUUCUCUGGCUGGGUGGAGGCCUACCCAACCAAGCAUGAAACGGCUCAGACGGUGGCUAAGAAGCUACCAGAAGACAUCUUACUCAGGUAUGGUUUUCCUGCCAUGGUAGGAUCAGACAAUGGACCAGCUUUUAUCUCGCAGGUAACACAGGCAGUAGCCAAGGCGGUGGGGGCAAACUGGAAAUUACAUUGUGCUUAUAGGCCCCAGAGCUCAGGACAGGUAGAAAGAAUGAAUAGAACCCUAAAAGAGACCCUUACCAAAUUAACCAUGGAGACUGGUGGGGACUGGGUGACUCUCCUACCGUACGCCCUUUACCGGGUUAGAAACACUCCUUACACUCUGGGUUUUACUCCCUACGAGAUCAUGUUUGGCAGGCCACCCCCUGUUAUUCCCAGCCUUCGAGCUGAACUUAUUGCUGAGUUUAAAGAUCAAGAACUUUUUCUUUCCUUGAGCGGGCUCCAGAGGGCGCACGAGGACAUUUGGCCGCGCCUCCGUGCCAUCUACGAGGCUGGCCCGAUCCCGACACCUCAUCAGUACAGGCCGGGAGACUGGGUCUACGUCAAGAGGCACCACCGAGAGACUCUCGAGCCGCGCUGGAAGGGACCCUACAUCGUGGUGUUGACAACCCCCACCGCUCUCAAGGUAGACGGCAUCGCGACCUGGGUCCAUCACACCCACGCUCAGCCAGCGGAACCCUCCUCGAUCCGGAAGGACGUUGUCACGCGAUGGGCCAUCAGUCGGGACCAACACAACCCGCUCAAGCUCAAGCUACAGCGCAUUUGACCUACCUAAUAUUGGUAACUCUGUUAACUCUGCUUGUCAUUGCUCAUGCUGCCGGGAGUCCCCACACCCCCCAAAACAUCACCUGGCAGAUCAUAGACACCAGCUCAGGGACAAUACUUA